AUGGACGACCUUCUCACGCCCGUGAGCACCACCUAUCUCAAACCACGAAAAGAGACAGAGCUACUCUUUACAGAAGUAAAGACAUCCUCUCCCCAGCCAGAACCAAGAAAAAUCACUGCCAUCUCAACAGCUGAUGAUGCUGUGGAUGCUCUCAAAAAUCAACCCGACUACGACAGUCUCAUUUCAGUUUUACAGUUUCUGACCAGCACCAAACCUUCAUCAGAUAACUUUUCCCUCUCAACACCUAGUCCCAAGAGCGCAUUGAUUAUACAUUUGCUCGUCUCCGAAAUUGCACCGAAUUAUUGGACUUUAUUGCUAGAAGGAAGUUUCGAUGGUGUUUCCCAGGCUGCAACGACACUCCCACGAGAUGCUGAGCUAUUUGUUGCCUGUAUCCAAAGUCUAACUGGCCUCAAUGCUGUUAUCACACAGAUUAGAAAUCUUAUCCAGGAGUCGCGGAUGGGUGGGAAAGAAAAAAAGAGAACCGAUUUAUCUCUAAAUGCCAAUAUCCUCUUAAGCGUGCUGUCUGCUAUCCUUGACGGUCAUGGAGCGAUAUCUGCCAUCUGGAGUGCGUCAACAAAAGGCAUCCCAAACCUUGCUCUCCAACGGGUUCAGUCUCAGAAGCUGUCAUCAAUCCUCACAAAUGGCCAAAUCGUAUCAACUUCCGCCGAAGCUUUAGAAGUCAUCGGUCGUGAUCGAGAAAGGGAUGAAACUAAGUGGAUUGCUGAUGGACUGCAGUACAGCAAAUGGAUGGGAAAUAGUAUUGUCUCAUGGGUCAGGUCGUCUCCUGAAGAAGGUGCCAUGACUUUUGCUUCCGAACUGUUCCAGAAGUCUUUGUCACUAUAUCACUCAGAUACCCUUAUCAAGACCGUCAUUGACGGGCUUCUUCUUUCCAAAGGAAGCUCAGUGCAGACGUUCACAAGAGUUGCCCUUGGUCAACCACGGUCUUCUAAAAAAGUUAUUCAUCUUUUACUGCAUCACCUCUCGCGCAAAUAUUUGAACUACCUGACUCUAGAUGAUAAUUCCUCGGACAACAACGUUUCUGCAGUAGCUGGACUAUUGAAGGAGCUAGCGUUGAACGACCCAUUCAGAAGAGACAUACUCAUAGAUUGGUGUGCAUCCUCCUCAGGUGCAGGUCUUGGGGAUGGAGUUGGUAUCCGCCGUGCUGUAAUAGCUGCAAUCUCUCAAGACCGAGAAGCCAUUACAUCUGUACUGGAAAAGAGCCUUGCGCAGUUUGGAGAUGAGUUGUAUAUCAGACAUUCAGCAAUGCUACAGCAGGAUGUGCAUACCCAGAUCCUACUCUUAGCAGCUGGCUAUAUGCAUAGAAUAUCCCCUAUGAAGCUGACCUUACUUAUGCGAGUUGGCACAUAUAUGACCACAAUUUCUAAUCGUAUCGGUGCGACUCAAUCAAGAGCACAGUUCCUCGGUCUCGUCGUGGGUGAAUCACUCUCUUCUCUCAUUGAUGAUAACAAGAAGAGGCUGGACUUCAAGAUGGAGGAGACAGAUACAGAGGAAGCACAACAGUUGAAGGGGCUUACAAAGAUCUCUGAUCCCGUUGGGUCAAUCGACUCUAUCCUAUCAAAUCUUGCGAUGGAGCCAACACCCAAAAAACAGAAACCUGCGACGUCUAGCAAACAUGUCCCGAUGAAAUCCAAGCAAAAGAAGCCCCUCAUCGCAGAGGCCAAGCCAAAGGCUAUCAUCGAAGAAAUCGAUUCUUCAGAGGAGGAUGAGGAUCUUGCUCCUUAUGCCAAAGACUCAGACCCUGAAGAUUCUGACGACGACGCAACUCUGGUUCAACGCAACAAACCCAAACCUCCUGUCUACAUCAGAGACCUCAUUUCAUACUUCAGAGACUCCGAAACCUAUGACAAGCAGUUGCUUGCCCUUCAAACCGCCCCAGUCCUCAUCCGUCGCAAGGCCAACUAUGGCACCGAAGUCAGUUUUCAUGCUGACGAGUUGGCCGGGCUUCUGGUGGGCAUUCAAGACAAGUUUGAGAUUGACAACUUUCAAGACUUGCGAGUGCAAAGCAUGGUAGCGCUGGUGGUUUCCCAACCCAAGACAAUGGCUCCUUGGUUUGCACGCACUCUCUUCGAAGGCGAUUACUCUCUCUACCAACGAACGUCAGUUCUCAUUACGUUGGGCUUAUCAGCUCGGGAACUGGCUGGCUUUGAGACUUCUCAGUACGAGUCUGCUGCUGCCUUUCCAUCAAAGCGGCUCCCUGAAAAGAUGGAACAGCUAUACCUUGGCCCAUCCAACGAUGACAACAAGGCACUUCCCUCUUCUCAACUGAAAGCACUUCCAGCAAAUGCCCUCGACAGUAUUUCGCAGUCACUUACAUCGGCCUUCCUCGCUCCAUUGGCUGCAGAAGCUGCCGAUGCAAAUACAGGGCCUGAUGUUCUAAAGCUUCAGACCUUCACCGCACGCUACAAGUCCAAGACCAAGUCUAAACCUCGUGUCCGUGCUAUUCCUAAUACAACAGCCGCUCUUCUUGCUACAUCUUUCUUCUCACCGCUUGCUGCUCAUUUCCAAGUUGCUCUUCGCUCUGCAAAACCGAUCAUUCUCAACCACGCACUUCUGGCUCUUUAUCUGCAAACUCUGGGUAUCAUCGUUCAUGCUGCAGGACCCUCGACACUUUCUUUACCGCAGCUUACAUCUGAACUGUGGGAUCUGCUACUCGGCGUUCGUGUGCACGUCUUGGGUGAUCUCGGUGCUACGAAAGGCUGGUUGGUUGCCAUGGCUUCACUCCUAGAAGUGAAUGGCGGCGACUUGAGACGACUCUGUGAGAACCAAGGAAGAGAAGUGAUGGAGACAAGACAGUGGGUUUCAAUGGUGUUUGAGAGAACAAGGGGAGAGGACGGCGGAGAAGAAAACGAUGUCAAGAUGUUAGCGGCGGGUGCACUCAUCAGGAUUGGAGAGGCUAUCGAAAAGUAUCAAGCUUUACUUAUGGGAGACAUGAUCGGAUUUCAGUAG